AUGAAGAUUCAACUCGUUGUCGCCCUCGUCGUCGUGGGAGUCUUCGCCCUGGCCCAGGCGCAGGACAUCUCUGGCCUCCUGAUGGACCGGAAUUACGUCCGACGGCAGAUCGACUGCAUCUUGGAACGAGGACGAUGCGACGUUAUCGGAAGACGAAUCAAAACUCUCCUGCCGGACGCCCUGAACAACGGCUGCCGCCGUUGUACCCCCUCCGAGGCAAGGAUCGCCCGAAGGCUGAUGGAGUUCAUGCAGACCAACUACCCCAACGAGUGGCGCGCCAUCGUUCAGCGUUACGGCAACCGAUACUACCGCGGUUGA